AUGGCAACUUUCCACAACUUGCCUCAAGUAACCUUCUCUGUCCUCCAUUCAGGCAUCAAUCACGGGGACUUCAAUGACCACAAUCUUCUAGUUGACGUGGUUUCCGCAUCCCCUCCAAACCCGCAGUACAGAAUCUCCGGGAUCUUGGAUUUCAGCGAUAUGAGUUACGGCUACUACGUGUUUGAAGUCGCCAUCGCCAUCAUGUACAUGAUGAUCGAAAGCAAAGAGCCUCUCUCGGUGGGGGGACACGUCCUGGCUGGGUUUGAAAGCGUGGUCCCUUUGACCCCGGAAGAGCGAGGCGCCCUCUUUCUCCUGGUGUGCGGGAGGUACGCCCAGUCGCUGGUGGUUGCUGCCCACACCACCCUCCUGCACCCAGAGAACGAAGAAUAUUUAAUGAUCACGGCCAAAACGGGGUGGAAGCAUUUGAUGAUGCUAGUCGAGAUGGGCCGAGAGACGGUUGAACAAAUCUGGUUUCAGACAGCAGAGUCCUAUCGGAAAUGACCCGCCACCAUUUUGAGAACACCGUUAACAGAUAUUAUCAAGGUGGAAAUUAGGAGAAGUUGGCAGAAUUUGUUUUUUAAAAAAAGCACACCUGGGAAAGUUUUAUGUUGCUACUGAAGAAUUGUUUUCAGGCCCGGUUAUACGUGUAAAAUACGGUUAGGUUUUAUUUUGGCACUUAUGCCAGAAGAGAGAAAGGAAAUAUCAAACUGUCUUGCUUUUGCGUUCAGAUGUUCCGCUGGGAUUUGGCAGCAACAAUCAGUCUUCCUGCAGAAUGGAAAUUUGUUGACAUCUUCAUUAGAACAUUCUGCCCUUUUUUUGAAUAAAGCAAUGCUUCUUCGUAGCUUUCGUCAGAGGGUUGGUAUGAAGCACUUGUCAGCUUUUGCCCCUGUCUGCUAUGGAGAGAAUUCAUAGAAAAUGGUUGUAAAUCUUCCUGGUGGUUUUAUUAAACUGUGUAUCUCUCUGCAAAGCACAAAAAAAAACCUUUUGGGCCUUCUAAGACUUGACAUCCAUGUUAAAAAUGGGAAAUCCAAGGCUAAUAGGCUACGUUGUGAAAGUUUAUUUCCUCCUUUGGAAAACUCCACAAGAGACUUCAAUGCCCUGGGCAUUAGAAACCCCAUUGAGGCUCAGUUCCUCUGCAAUAAAAACCAAAUCUGCUGGAUUUCAAUAAAAUAUAUAGAUAAGACCUCUUGCAAAGUAUAGCCAUGUUUUAUUUA